AUGCUUGUAUAUGACGCGACGCCCCCAAAUGGACCCGCAGACCGCUCACGUAACAUCAUCUUCCACGUCAUCGCCAUCCACACGCAGCCGACAAGGCCUCCUAUAGGCCUAACAGGAAUGGACGGCGGGACCGAGGCGGAGAUCAUCAAGGCCCUGGAGGAGACGCAGGAGGAGGUGGCCUGGAAGUACAUCCCCCUCAGCGGCCCCAGCAUCGACGACGCCAACUCCAAGAACGUGACGGCGCAGGUCGGCAAGACGGCCGUCCUCAACUGCCGCAUCAAGUACCUGGGGGGCAAGACGGUCUCGUGGAUGCGCGCCCGCGACCUGCACCUCCUGACGGUCGGGCGCUUCACCUACACGAGCGACGACCGGUUCCGCGCCGUGCACCAGUCGGGCUCGGACGACUGGCUCCUCAAGAUCCACUACGCCCAGCAUCGUGACGCGGGGGCCUACGAGUGCCAGGUGUCCACGACGCCGCCCCUGUCGCGGACGGUGUGGCUCACGGUGGUCGAACCAGAGACCCGAGUUCUUGGCGGCCCUGACUUGCACAUCAACUCGGGCUCAACAAUCAACCUGACUUGCGUGGUCCAGCACAGCCCCGAGCCGCCCCCCUACAUCUUCUGGUACCACGAGAACGAGCUGCUCUCCUACGACUCCCCACGCGGCGGCAUAACGGUGGUGACCGAGCACGGGCCGACGUCCACCUCCCGUCUGCUCAUUCAGAAAGCUACGUUGAGCGACGCUGGGAGAUACACCUGCCGACCUGCCAAUGCUGAUCCUCACUUCCUCACCGUCCACAUCAUACAUAACGAGCAUCCAGCCGCCAUCCACCACAAGAACGGCACGUCAUCCGCGGCGGGCGUGCACCAGCGGGCCUCCUCCAGCUACUCUCUCUCCCUCAUGCUCCUCAUGCUCGUCCUCAUCACGGCCUGCAACGUCCUGCCGAGCGAGAACUACAAAGCCUGUCAGGCCCUGAGCAGGGGCGGCGGCGGCGGCAUGCCUAAUGUUUCCGGUGACAAGCACAGAUCUUCAGAAGGCUUUCGGCGGCGCGGGCUCUCGUCUAAUGGCUCGCGAGAAAGCCCCGCUUCCUUUGAUCUGCGCGCCUCUACCGCCAUCCCUGGCGAGUCCCGAGAGGCCGGGCGGAGAGGGCGGCCCUUUGUCGCGCCCCUCGGCCGAGGCGGCUCCGACCUGCGCGUCCGCUGUUGCAACGGCCUCGCCAAUGCCCUCGGCGACGGGCGCAGGAGGCGCGGCAUCCUCUCCUGCGAACUGGGGCGCCUUCUGCACGGACUGAGGCGCCACGGAGAUUCCUGCCACGACUCCCGCCGCCACCCCAGCCCCUGCGAGGCCUCGUGCUCCCCCGGCGAGGCCCCCGAAGGCACCAGAUUCCGAGAUCGUCCGCCGUGCCCUCCGCGCCGCCACCCAGAGGCACUCAUCGACCACAGCAUCCGCUCUGCCGUGUCCUCCGCCCUCGCCCCUUCCUCUGGCGGCCCUCACGACCAUAUCGUCCCUAGCGCCCCCUGUCGGCCCCGAGGGAGACCGGCCGAGGGCGCUCUCCCCCCCGAGGCCGCCCGUGGCGAGCACCCCUCGCCGGAAAAAUCUUGCGAGAGGGCCUCCGGGUGCGAAGCGAAGAAGGGGAAUUCGGCGGCGCUGCUCUCUGCCCUUGGCGUGAAGGGCGAACGGGAGGCUCCGGUUCCGUCGCUGGCCUAG